AUACAUACCAUUUGGUGUAAUCAGGCACAGAGGAGAGCAAGAGUUUCUUGUAACAACAACACAGCACCUGAUCACCCCGUUGUGACUGAAGAGGACUUCCGUAAUCCCGGACUAGAAGCAUAGCCUUGAUCUGAUGUCCAUCCAAGAGAAAACAUCCACCUCAGAUUUGAUGGAGAGCCUUCGAGAAGAGCUCACCUGUUUCAUCUGCCUGGACUAUUUCAACAGUCCGGUGACCACCGAGUGUGGGCACAGCUUCUGUCUGAUGUGUCUCCUCAAGAGCUGGGAGGAGCAUAACACACCUUUGUCUUGUCCUGAGUGCUGGAGGACUUUGGGAGCGCCUCAUUUCCAAGCUAAUGAGCGACUGGGGAGACUGGCUAGCAUUGGCAGGCAGCUGAGAUCCCAGGUCCUGCAGAGCGAGGAUGAACAGAGCAGCUGUGGAAGAACGCCAGGAGCCAGUAGGGUGUUCUCUGAUGAUGAGCAGAGUGUAAUUAAUUUCUCAACUCAAAGUCAUGGGAUAAACAGGGCAUAUUUCUCAAGCGAGGCCGAGGAGCAACACAAAGAAAAACUCCAGGAUAUCCUCAGUCUUUUACGAAAAAAAAAGAAGGAAGCCCAGGCUAUACUGAACCAUGAGAAGGAGCGAGUGAUGCUGUGUAAGGAGGAGACAAAGACGUGCAAGCAGGUCGUGGUGUCUGAAUACAUGAAGAUGCACCAGUUCCUGAAGGAAGAGGAGCAGCUCCAGCUUCAGCUCCUGGAGAAGGAGGAAAAAGCGAACUUCAAGAAGCUGAGGGAAAACGAGAUCCACCUGACCAAGCAAGUCAAACGCCUCAGCAAAAUGAUUGGGCGGAUGGAGUUCACCUGUCAGAACUUGACUUUGGAGUCUUUUGAGGAAGUCAGAGGAGCCAUGGAUCGGUGUGAGCUGCUGUUGCUUCAGUGUCCAGAGACCACCAUCACGGAACUGAGCCUGUGCCGCACCACUGGGAUGAGGGAUAUGCUGAGAAAAUUCAGCACAGAUGUAACUCUAGAUCCAGCCACAGCCAAUGCCUACCUAGUUUUGUCGGAUGAUCUGAAAAGUGUGAGAUAUGGAGGAACCAGGCAGCAAUUACCUGACAACCCAGAAAGAUUUGAUCAGUCUGCAACUGUGUUGGGAGCGCAGAUCUUCACCUGUGGGAGGCACUACUGGGAGGUGGAAGUGGGAAACAAGACUGAGUGGGAAGUGGGCAUCUGCAAGGACUCUGUGAUCAGAAAGGGGAAUCUCCCCAAACCCCCUGGGGACCUCUUCUCACUUAUAGGCUUAAAAAUUGGCGAUGAUUACAGUCUCUGGGUUUCAUCGCCUUUGAAAGGUCAACACGUCCGAGAGCCUGUGCAUAAGGUCGGUGUGUUCUUGGACUAUGAGUCUGGACAUAUAGCAUUCUACAACGUGACAGAUGAGUCCCUCAUCUACAGCUUCCCAUCAAACUCUUUCCACGAAGCUCUCAGACCCAUCUUCUCCCCUUGUCUUCCAAACGAAGGGACAAACACAGACCCUCUUAUCAUCUGCCACAUCUGAGGGACAUGCCCUGAGCCUUCAAAGACAAGGGCACGGACCAGCCUAAUCAUUGAGAUGGUAAGUGCGUUCAAAGCCUUCACGCAUCAGAUGAUCUGAAAAGAAAAAAAAAAGAAAAUCCUCCCUCCCUAAAGACUUCCCACCAACCCAGUUCUGCAAUGAAGAGUCGAUUAAAAAUCUAUUCAACACCAAGAACAGAAAGCUGUUACCCUGCCUUUAACCCAGUUGGUUACAUGAGCUACCUCGUGUGUGCUGGCCACACACCGUACAGCACUGUUACAGUCCUCUUUUACCUGUUUGUCUGUCGUAGGCCAGUUUGAUAAAUACACAUCAUUUUUUUUU